ACCAUUCGAUCUUCGUUUGUCUUCCUGAUCACCCACUUAUUUCGUCUCUCUCAAAGUAUUCAUUCAAAGCGGUUCUGUAUUUCAUAAUUAUUUCCCUUUACAUGAAAUCAAAUGCAGUCAAAAUUCGUAGCUGUCUGCUUGGCCUUGGUGGUCGUCGUUCUCUCCUGCUAUGCAACGGCUCAGGAAGAUCUCACGAUAACAGAGAGACAGGUCGUGGCAGAACUUGCUGCCCAAAUCCUGCGCGUGACCCACGGAUCCUGGAGUUCAGCAGAGGCCCACAAGAGGAAUUCGGGAAUGAUCAACUCCAUCCUCGGGAUUCCCAGAGUCAUGGCUGAAGCGGGAAAGAAAUAGGACGACGGACUUUUUAAAUUCUAAUUUCUAGGACACGAUGUACUGUAAUGGACCAUCAUGCAAAUUUGCUGCAUUUACUUCUUCUCACUGUACCUUGAGAGAAACCGAGGAAUCAAAAGUGACCUCCGUAAAUUAGUUCUGUGAUUGCUCCCUGAAAAUUUCUCCAGUCAGUUGUUAACAAAACUCAUUGACUUCAUAUAUGCUGCAGUCAUCAAUAGACAGUUAAAAAUUGAUGACUGUUUUAACAUAUCCUUAUUACAAGAGAUAAUGUCUCAGACGCUUCAGAACUGUAGGGUUUGCGUAAGAUUUAAGAAAUAAAUAUGU